CAGUCCACUUGUCAGCAGCAGCAGCACAGAGACGCUACAUGUCUAAGCGGGAAACGAAAAGAGGUGGUGAAGCUGUCUCUCUGGCAAAGGACCGCGUCCUGAGUUUAUUUUAAGCUGCCCUUAAGUGAAUUGAAAGAAAACAGAGAAGCCCCCCUACCUGGAAACCAUUGCAGAACUAAAUGGAUUGAAGAAGGCAGAGAGCAAGUGAGGGCAUCAGAGAGGGAGGGAAGAGAGAAGGGAUUAUCAGAUAAUCCAGUGCACGGACAAUCCUAAAGGAUCCUUAUCUUACUUCUAGGACGAUCCAGACAAAACAGUUGCAGGAUUACAGCGCUUUACUUUACUGGCCUUUUCAAGAAAGCGUUACCAUCCUUUUUCCUUUGCUCUGAUAAUUUUCUUUACCUCUCAAAAGUCUGGCGUCUUGGGCACAGAGGAACCAGGGAACAGAGGACAAAGAAGUGGGGCGACAGACCUGGCUUCCCAUUGACAGCGUGGUGCACACAUGGAUAAACCUCUUUAGUGGGAGACGGUGCAUGGUGGUUUACCACCCCCACCCUCCCGCUCUCUCUCUCUCUGCUUGAACUUUGAGGAAGACAAGUACAGAACAAUUUAUAUGAUGAGACGUCCAAGAUCCUCUCAGAAGCUGAGAUCUAUUGAACACACACAAAAAGGACUCAACUCCAGUAAGCAACAGAGUGGAGUCACUGCUGUGUUGACAUUCAGCUGUCUUUUGUGAAUUACUUCCUUUAAAAGCACGGGGUUACGGAAAAUUACUGAAGGUUUGUGAAGCUAAAAGGAAAAGACAGGAGAAAUGUAUAUCAUGAUCACUAAUCAAAAGGAUGAAAAAUUUGUAGUUGAUGAUUCAGCAUACAUGUGUUUCAUCACUGCUUGAGAGCAGUGUGAAUGCAGUGUAGGUGGGAUGCUAAAGUAAGUAAAAAAAAACCAAAAUAGAAAACUGAGUCACGCCUUAAAAAUAAACUCAGGCACUAAUCCUGAAACCUAAAUAAAAGUGACAAGAAAAAACACAGUCUGGUAGGAACGGGGCUACAAAGUGACUCAAUCCAAUUACAUUUCCGUAACAGAAUUAUUUAUAAACUUCAGCAAGUGUUCUGGGUGUAGUAUUCUGUCCAGUCUCGCUUUGUCUCUAAAAUUCUACCUAUCUGCUACUUAAAAGCUUAUUUUACUAGGUUUAGGUAAAAGGCAACUUAAAGAUACUUUGUAUUCAUAAGGCUUCCUGGUGAGGUGAUCCUCUUAGUGUUCCUAGCAAAACGCAACUUGAGACUGACAACAGGACAGUUCUCCAGGUCUAAAAAGAUGUAAAAUCAAGUGAACACAGUGUAAACAUCAGUCUUUUUUCAUUUUAUUGUGUCACACAAACCAGCUGAGUUGUUUGGUUGAAAUCACAUCUCAAUGUAUUUGCAGUUGUGGCUGGAUUUUGUAUUUCUAAACUGUCAUUUGCUGAACCAAAUCUGAGCGAGUUCCCAGUCAGCCCCAAACUCUCCAACCACAGAAGCUGUGGUAGCCAGAGGAGACGAAGUAUGAACUUUUAAUUUAUCUUCUUUGUUAUUUUGUCAUGACUGAAGGCUGCCGCUGUGCAGGAGAAGUGAGCUAAGUGCUUGGUCAUUUUGGACAGACAUGGAGAACUAGCUGUGCAUGAGAGGGGGAGAAAGAAAGAGGAGAAUGAAAAGGGGAUAUAGACGGGGACUACACUGACUCGGCAUCCGCACUGGAAUCUUUCAGUGAAGAUCCAAGAGGGAAACCGUUCGCCGAAAGUGGAUGAAUAGGUGGCUCUGGCCAUGUGGAGAAUGGAUUAUACACACAUUCUCUGCUGACUGAACAACCACAUAUUUGUAAUUUCUGUCCUCACUGUCCCGGCAUUUUAAUUUUUUUUUCUCUCCGGUUUCACAGUGGAUCCUAUACUGGAAUUCAGAUUUGACUGACAUGUAAUCGAAUUAAAGGGAAAUUACACAACUUUUCUGCCACCAUGAGUCUGGGAAAACUGCCAGGGAUUAAGGGCCUUGUGUCUGGCUCUCAGGGGAAACGCCGUUUCAAGAGCGACCUCUCUGUGGACAUGAUCAGCCCGCCACUGGGCGACUUCCGACAUACUAUGCACGUUGGCCGUGGUGGGGACGUGUUUGGUGAUACUUCCUUCCUUAGCAACUACGGGGGUGUCAGGGAGCCAGGAAGUCCAGACUCAUCAAACAGCUCCAAGACAGCCGGGUUCUUCACACGCACCUUUCAUCAUGUAGGGAAGAACUCUGGGCCCCGGCCACGAGGGGGCUCCCGGGACUUGUCAUCCCCGCCUCCAGACAUCUCACCCAUCAUCAAGAACGCCAUCUCCCUGCCCCAGCUGAACAUGGACUCUCCCAAUGGCUAUCUUCAGAGGGUGCUGUUCCCCAGCUCUGUAAGCUCAACAGAUGACUCCCUCUGCACAUAUGGACUGCAGUCUGGAUUUGUCACUCUUCCCCGCCUCUCUCGUCUUGACAGACAGUUUCAAGAUGGAGAUGUCUGGAAAGGGUCUCUACCAGACAGUGGUGGCAUUGCACUGACACGCUCAGAUUCCUUCACCUCGUUCACUGUAGACCUCGGCCCUUCCCUUAUGACUGAGGUGUUCAGUUUGAUUGACAACACCAGCUGCCUUCAGAUAUCCAAUCACAGCCAGGCAGCAGGCGAGAGAGAUGAAGGAGGAGAUGAGGAAGUUGAGGACGACAGCUCUGUAGCAGAGACGCCUGUGCAGAGCCCUGGGGUGCCUUCACCCAACCCUUCCAUGAGCAGCGGGGCAUUUCUUAGGAACAUGAACAACAGGGGGUGCUCUUGUAGUUCUAACUGUACAGAGCAAGAGGAGGAUAGGAGGUCUCUGAGGACACCAGAUGCAUCCAUUGGGUCUCCACAGAGAGCAGAGCCUGUGAUUGAGGCAGAAAGGUUCCAGAGGGCAGCUGAUGUGCUGUCUCGUCAUUAUGGUGGAGGGUCCUUCACAAAGGGAACGAGGGUGAGCAACAACAACGCUUGUCCUGCUUUUUCUCACAGCUACAAAAAACCAUAUGCCUUUUCUGAAGAGGAGGAAGAGAUCAAAGUCUAAAUAUUGAAACUGUCUCUGACACAGACUUUGGUGGUCCAAUAAAAUCAUAUAAACCUUUCAGUGGGCAGAGGUCUGGAUUCAUUUCAAAUCAGAAAGUCUGAGAUUUGUGUGAUAGUCUGUUGUUCCUACAUAGAAACAUUCCCCUUCCAGCAGGUCUUCAAUGAUCAUUAGAUCCUGGUGUGGAUUCAGUUCCUGCAGGAUAGAUGUUUGAGGAUUUUUGCCUUAAACCUGGGCCAUCCCCUGUCACUGCACUACUUGGUUUUUGACAAAUUAUUUAAAGUUUCCUGUAUGUGAAAAUUUGUUAGUUUUGUUUGUUAUCCUUCUGGAAAUUCCAUUUGUGUCUGUGGAAAUUGUCAGAAAAAUACAAAAAAAAAAAAAGACAUUACAGUUAAGACA